CACUAAGUAAAGUGAACCUACGAGUAAUCAUCACUGACAUCUUCACACAUAGACACACUCAUAUAUAAAUAAUGAAUUCACACACAAACUAGGAAACAAUAUAGAACCAUAUUAAUAUAUGUUCUUCUUCAGAUUCCAACCAAUAAACUAGAACAUGCUCUUUUGGGUCGAUUUGUUUUUGCUCAGUGGAUUUUGGGUGUUUGGUUUCUCCAAUCCAGAUGGUUUCUUGAGCUUGUCCUGUGGCGGCUCAAGUUACACCGCGGCUUAUAACGUCUCCUGGGUUUCAGAUAACGAUUAUAUUGAAACAGGUAACACUACCACGGUAACUUACACCGAGGGGAAUUCUACUUUCAGUGUUCCUAUCAGAUUCUUUCCGGAUUCUCGAGGUCGCCAAUGUUAUAAGGUACCAGUAACAAAGAAGGACUUGUCCUCGGUUCUGAUUCGGGCUACAUUCGUUUAUAGAAAUUAUGAUAGCCAAAGUAGUCCUCCAGCAUUUCAUGUCUCUCUGGGAAGGAGAAUCACUAGUACUAUUGAUCUUAAAACCAAUGAUCCUUGGAUUGAAGAGUUGGUUUGGCCGGUCAACAAUGAUUCUGUUUUGCUUUGUUUGCUUGCGAUUAAAGGGAGAGGUAUUCCGGUUAUCUCUUCUCUAGAAAUACGGCCACUUCCUGUAGCUGCUUACAGAAACAGCUUGGAGGGUUCACCAAAUAUAAUUCUUAGGAGAAGUUACCGAAUCAAUAGCGGAUACACGAAUGGGACUAUCCGGUACCCUUCAGAUCCAUUUGAUCGAAUAUGGGAUCCGGAUCAAAAUUUUGCACCGUUUCAUGCCUCUUGGAGCUUCAAUGGGCUCACAAAAUUGACUUCCUUCAACAUUACUGAGAAUCCACCAGCUUCUGUACUUCAGACUGCAAGAAUUCUUGCUCGCAAAGACAGUCUCUCAUAUACCCUUUCUCUACAUACACUAGGGGACUACUACAUUAUCCUCUAUUUUGCUGGGAUACUCUCACUCUCCCCUUCGUUUAGUGUGAUGAUCAACGACGAAGUCAAACUAUCUGAUUACACUGUGACUAGUUCAGAAGCUGGUACCUUGUACUUUACGCAAAAAAGAGUCAGUAAGUUAAACAUCACCCUUGGAAAAAUCAAGUUCAAUCCUCAAGUGAACGCUCUUGAGGUAUAUGAAAUCCUCCAAUUCCCUGCUGAAGCUUCUUCUACCACAGUUUCAGCACUUAAAGUUAUAGAGCAAUUUACCGGGCAAGACCUUGGAUGGCAAGACGACCCAUGCACACCGCUUCCUUGGAACCACAUCAAAUGUGAAGGAAACCGCGUUACAUCAUUGUUCCUCUCACAAAUCAACCUGAGGUCCAUUAGUCCAACAUUCGGAGACUUGCUCGAUCUCAAGACACUCGACUUGCAUAAUACAUCACUUACAGGAGCAAUACAGAAUGUAGGCAGCCUUAAGGAUCUCCAGAAACUGAAUUUGAGCUUUAAUCAGUUAAAAUCUUUCGGCUCCGAACUCGAAGAUCUGGUUAACCUUGAAGUUCUGGACCUGCAAAACAACAGCUUACAAGGAUCAGUUCCUGAAACAUUAGGAAAGCUGACGAAACUUCGUCUCCUGAAUCUGGAAAACAAUAACUUAGUAGGUCCCUUGCCACAGUCUCUUAACAGAACGGGUCUGGAAGUCAGGUAUACGAUUUCUGUCUCGGCAUUUGCUACAAUAUUCUGUUCUUGUGUUACUGAAUUACCUUUUGUCAGGAUAACGGGGAAUCCAUGCCUUUCAUUCACUUCAUUAUCAUGCAACAAUGUGUCUUCAACAAUUGACACACCACAAGUCACUAUCCCUAUCAAUAAGAAACACAAGAAACAGAACCGUAUAGCGAUUUUGCUUGGAGUUUCUGGUGGAGCCUUGUUUGCCACUUUUCUUGUCUUUGUUUUCAUGUCGAUCUUCACGAGGAGACAGAGAAACAAAGAGAGACAUAUAACCAGAGCACAACUGAAGAUGCAGAACUGGAACACUUCAAGAAUCUUUUCUCACAAAGAGAUUAAGUCAGCUACUAGAAAUUUCAAGGAAGUGAUUGGUCGUGGAAGUUUUGGAGCUGUAUAUCGUGGAAAACUACCAGAUGGAAAACAAGUUGCGGUCAAAGUGCGAUUUGAUAGAACUCAACUUGGAGCUGAUUCUUUCAUCAAUGAGGUGCACCUUUUGUCUCAGAUCCGCCACCAAAAUCUAGUUUCAUUUGAGGGCUUUUGCUACGAACCAAAACGGCAAAUACUGGUGUAUGAGUAUCUGUCUGGUGGAUCAUUAGCUGAUCACCUUUACGGUCCAAGAAGCAAAAGGCAUUCAUUGAACUGGGUUUCAAGACUAAAAGUUGCAGUUGAUGCUGCAAAAGGAUUGGACUACCUGCACAAUGGAAGUGAACCGCGAAUUAUACAUCGGGAUGUAAAGAGCAGUAACAUACUUCUGGACAAGGAUAUGAACGGGAAAGUUUCUGACUUUGGCCUGUCAAAACAAUUUACAAAAGCAGAUGCAUCUCAUAUCACUACUGUUGUUAAAGGCACCGCAGGCUACCUUGACCCCGAAUAUUACUCCACCCUGCAACUGACAGAGAAAAGCGAUGUCUAUAGCUUCGGUGUGGUCCUAUUGGAGCUCAUCUGUGGAAGAGAACCUAUAAGUCAUUCAGGAUCACCAGAUUCUAUUAACUUGGUCUUAUGGGCUAGGCCAAACUUACAAGCAGGAGCAUUUGAGAUUGUGGAUGAUAUCUUGAAAGAUACAUUCGAUCCAGCGAGCAUGAGAAAAGCUGCUUCGAUUGCUAUAAGAUGUGUGGAGAGAGAUGCAUCUGGGAGACCAUCUAUUGCAGAAGUUUUGACUCAACUAAAAGAAGCGUACAGCCUUCAACUCUCAUAUCUAGCUGCUUCGGCACAUACAGACUGAUAACACAUCACAAACAAGAGUAAAUAAAUAUACAUUUAUCAAAUUUUGUUCUUUUUUGUUUGUUACAAAUUUUUGUAAGCCAAUUGAAAAUGUAUUUACUUUACUCUCA